AUGGACGAGACCUGGAUCCACCAUUUUGAUCCUGAAACGAAACAACAAUCGAUGACUUGGAAGCGAGCCUCCUCACCGACGCCAAAAAAUUCAAAGUUUCAAGUUCGGCGGGAAAGGUUGGCAUCUGUUUUUUGGGACGCUCAAGGCAUAAUUAUGGUGGAAUAUUUGGAAAAGGGAGCCACUAUUACGGGUUCUUACUACGCAGACCAAAUAAGAAGAUUACCGGAGGACAUUAAGGAAAAAAGACGCAGCAAACUGCGAGCUGGAGUGCUGUUUCACCAAGACAACGCACCGGCUCACAAAGCCGCAGUUGCGAUGGCUGCCAUUCAAGAAACGGGAUUCGAACUGCUCGAACACCCUCCCUAUUCGCCAGAUCUAGCUCCUAGUGACUUCUACCUCUUUCCUCGGCUCAAGGAACGCCUCCGAAGCGAUAUUCGAAGACGAUAG